AUGGCUUCCAGGAGGAGGACCGCUGAAGAUAAAAACACGAAACUUUUGCGAGAAUUAGCCGCUUUGCCGCCCAAUAAACAAUGUUUCGACUGCUUGCAAAGAGGCCCUACUUACAUAAAUGUCACUAUAGGCUCUUUUGUAUGUACGACAUGCAGUGGAAUACUAAGAGGGUUAACUCCGCCUCACAGGGUGAAAUCAAUAUCCAUGACAACGUUCAGUACUGAAGAAAUUGAAUUUUUGAAAAACAGGGGCAAUGAUUACUGCAAGUACGUGUGGCUUGGAACUUACGACAGCAAUUUGGAAAGUGAAAUCACGGAUGACCUACGCAAACGGGACUUCAUGAUACAAAAGUACGAAAAGAAGAGAUGGUAUGUCGAUCCAGAUGUUGCCAUAAAAAAGAUGCAGAGUGAUCAGAUUUUGAGACAGAAAAAUGUAACUACUCCUCCCCAAAAUAGCAGUUCAAGAAAUGCCCUACCAGAAACUCAACCUCUGUCUCGUCUGCUGGGCAAAAGUCCUACACCCCUGGUGGUGCAGUCUCAUGUAUGUAUUCAUAGUGAGAGUUGGCCACAUCCCGUGUCAUCUGCAUCUGCUCCUGCUAUCAGCACAAAAACGACCUCUCAGAAUCAUGGCAGUCGUUCCAUCGAUCUACUCUCCGAAUUCUCUGGGAAUGCUGCUACUUCUGCACAAGGUGGUAAUCCAAAAUCUGCAACUGCAAAUGGAAAUUUUGCAAAUUUUGAAAAUGCAUUCAACUUAAAUACAGUUGAAAAAUCAGGUUUGUUGCAUUGGCCAUCUUUUGCAGUCCCUCCAGCCCUGCCCUCAUCAGCCAGCUUGGACGCCUAUCCACUGAGCUCUCAACAUAAUCGAAUGGAGUCCACUGCCAGUGUGCUGAGCCCCCCUCCCACUUCAAAGACAUCUACCAUUGCCUCCCAGCAGGCAUCUGCAGAUCGUUAUGCUGCCUUGGCAGACCUGGACAGUCUGUUCCACCAGCCGACAACAGCCAAGGCCCCCAGCUGGACUGUCGAAACAACGAGUUCCGGAUCUCUUUUUGAUGUACCAGAAACUACAAGUACAUUUAGCACAGCUACUUCCAACCCAUUUACUUGUAAUGAACUUUGGAGCCAAACUCCAGCUGCAAAAGCAUUGUCUUCCUACCAAGCUGCCAAUCCUUUCCAGGGUAGCAUGGAUAACAGUACAACCUAUACUCAACCAACCGCUGGCCAACCAUUUGCUCCGUUCCCCAUUCCUAUAGUGGGAAGCAGCCCCAGUGAGGACAGUGCCCGCAGUCAGUUCAGCACCAGUUUUGCCAACUUUCCUGCUACAGUUUCCAGCCCGACCAAUGGCUUUGGAGUUGGACAGAUUCUGCUGCAGAAUGGAGGAUUCACUUCACCUCCACCUGGCUCAGGGAACAGCUGGGGAGUGCCUUCCAGUGCGCAGCUCUGGUCUUCUAGUCAAGUGACCCAAGGAGGAUUGUUCAGUAAUGACAACAAGUCUAUGGAUGUUGCACAGCAUACAGAUUGGAUUCAAAACCCUAUCAAUCCAUUUUUGGCGUCUCACACACAGCCAAGUAAUCUUAGCUAUUCUUCAGCGCCUAGAAGCAAUUCCAGUAAUCCUUUUCUAUGACACCUGCAUCUUCUUCUUGCUACAGCACAAGUGAUUCGAGUCUAAAGGAGUGAGAAGAAAAUGCCCUUAUUGUGCAUAUGUACAGAACAUAUUUGUGUAUAAGGAUGUAAGCCAUAUAAAUAAUUCAGUAGUACAAAGCUUUUGCAUAA